AUGACUUUCGACCUCAGGGAAAGGGACACGCUAUGGACUGAUGAAAACAAGGCUCGAUUGGUGAAGUUAGUUGCAUCAAACCAGCUCAAGCUCAGCCAGGAAGAGUUGGAACUUCGCCUGCAUGAACUUGUUUCACUGGUUCCAGAUCUGGGGAGUAAAGUCCACAUGCUGAAACCCGACCUCCUGGCUGCCCUCCUUCAGGAUCUGGACAAGGCUGCCCACCAAAUGAUACGGUUGAAAGAGACUUUCCCUGAUUCGAACAUCAGCUUGAUGGUUUCCAAGAGGCCCAUCAUGCUACUGCAGGAUUGUGACACAAUAGUGAUAGAUGCUCGCAAGGUGUGUGCGUUGCUGAGGGUUGAAAAUCUGGACAGCCUUGUGGACAAACACCCCGGUCUCCUGGACAUUGAAGCUGUGGAGGAAGUGCUGGACGAACUGCGGCGCAUGAUGCCCAGCGGCACUGAUGUGAGAAAGAUGCUCGCCAAUGAUCCAACGCUCCUGCUCAGUGCGGGCAGAGGGACCAAGCGGCUGGGGGACCAUCCUGACUAG